UGUUAGUCUAGCGCCUCAUGUUACACAGUAUUGAAUGGAAUACGGGAAAUAGUGCAGAAAAUUAGUCAGUAGGCCUACGAUACGCAUUAGUGGAUGUAUGCGGGAUCGACACUGGAACUCGUGGAAGAUACAAGUAGAUCUGUGACACUAAUACAGUAAUCGCCUGGAACAGUUGCAAAAAAAAGCUCCCCCUAGCGGGAGAACUUUGCAAGGUCAUGGCGUAUCCUCGUGGUUGCCCCUUCCUGUUUGGUGGCGUAGCGCUCUUGAUGUCAACACUGGUCAUGCUGGUCAGUGUCGCCCAAGGAACUUACGACCCGUUUGAACCAUACCAAGGGAGUCUGGUUUCUGGUCAGAAGACGUGCCCCGGACUCUACUGUGGUAGAGUUCAGCUGUUCAACACAAGUGCCAAUGAUUCAUAUGGAUCCUGUGGGGCAUGCCCUCGUGGUCACCGGCGGAACCCUAUGUCUAUUUGUGAGCCAUGCAUGUCACAGCCACUGCUCUAUGAUUGGCUUUACAUUGGCUUCAUGGUCAUCUUGUCACUUGGACUGCAUCUUUUCUUCAUCGACUUCUUCUCCAAGGGAUACCGUGUUCUGUUGCUGCAUGGAACAGCAGUAGGUGAAUGCAUCCUGGCAACUGUGAUAGCAUUACUUCUGAUAGACCCUAAAGGCACACUCUGGAUUCAUGCUUGUGGAGUGCAGAUGCUGUCUGAUUGGUACACCAUGCUCAACAACCCGACACCAGACUACACGAGAACGCUGCACUGCACCCAGGAAGCCGUGUAUCCAUUGUACACAGUGGUGUUUGUCAUCUACACGUUUGAGCUGCUACUGAUGAUGUUGUUCAGACCGUUGCUGUCUGUCAAAGUCUGCAAGAACCAAGGCAGGAACUCCAUCUACGCUGCCCUCUACUUCCUGCCAUUGCUUGUCCUCCUCCACGCACUCUGUGCUGGGCUGAUAUACUAUUCAUUCCCUUACAUUCUGAUCAUCUCCUCUCUGAUCACCCAUGCUAUCCACUUUGCCUAUGCAGAAAUUGAGACCCUCGGGAAUCUGUUCUCGAAGAAGCGACACAUAUUGAUCCUUGUGGGCCACUGGCUUUGCCAUGCGUACGGCAUCAUAGCCCUGACACGGCUUGCUGAUCCAGCCACUAACCUACCCCUCCUGGCUCUGGUGCUUGUGCCCAUGGUCUUCUACCUCUCCACCGAGCAGUUCACCGAGCCCAGUCGGAUCCAAGCCAACGAGAUCUGAGGGUUUUUGUGGCUUGAGUUUAUUUUUGGUUCAGAGGACAGUUGCAUCUUGUUUCCCAAGGAGCUGAUAUGGUUUCAGGAACGUUCAGGUGUUUUGAGCCAAAUGAGCAGCGAUAUUAAUAAUGUGUGCACACAUUUGAAUGACAGAUAGUGUCAGAUACUGUGCACCUUAUAAACGCUGUGAUAUCAAUUUUGCCCCAACCCGUAGACUUUUUAUGUGCAUACCAGAUACAUGUAUAUGGCUGCACUGGCAUUCAUGCGUGGGCCCAGACUCUGUUUUGGUCAUCCGUUAGGGGCAAUUGAGCACAGAACCCAUGUUGUGCUAGUCUGAGGAAUGCUAGAAAGUAUUAGAAUGAUGGACAUCUUGAAAAGCAUUGUUCGAUUUUCUUCUCUUGAAACGAAAAAAAAAUUCCUCCAUCUUAGAUUAUGGGUUGUGACUUUGCAGUGUUUGUGUUCAUACAUUUUUGCUGAGCUGUAAAUUUGUUUUAUCUCCUUUUUUUCAGCGUUACCAUAUCAAACAGAGAUAACCACCCCAACCCGUAGAUAGGUGACCAACAUUCAAUAGUAUGAUCUUAUCGGUAAUAUGCCCCUGUCACCCACACAUUGAACAUGCUGCUGCUGUGGUGCUGUCGGAAACAUAGUAUCUACUUUCAAAUCCCCACUGUGCUGUGACAUUCGCGAAAAUCUGGUACUUUGUACAAGAAAACAAUUUUCGUAAUUUUCAAAGAUUUUUCCACUUUGAAGAAUAAUUAUCCAUCGACUUUCCAUUGAGUGAAAGCUCCUGAGAGUGAAUUAAUAGUAAAUUUUAUACAAUUGAGAAUUGUAUAAAAUGAAACCUCCAUUCUUAAAACCGAAUUGCUACACACACCUUACUAGACAAUUGUACAUUGUACUGUUCAAUGUUGUACAUUAGAUAUUUGUUGACAUUUGUAUAUAUUUGUAAAGU